AUCCUUUGCUACAUAGAAUGGCUCGCUACGUUCCACCACAUCGGCGGAAUGCUGCCGCUGUAGCGAUCCCACAUGUUGCACCGUCCGUUGAGCCACCACAACUCAACAAAGUCAUUCCAGCGGAUCUGGACUUCUUUCACCUUCACCUUUACAAUUCCUCCCUGCUCUUGCGCUCCCUUCACAACCUCAAAGACGAGUUCGAGAAUGAUCCCAAUGUGGAAAGAAUGUUUGUAUCGAAUCGGGCGCACUCGGCUAACGUGACGGCAGCGACAACACCGAAAGAGUCCGGGCCUGCUGUGUCGUCGUCCCACUUUGCCAACCAGUUUCGGGGAGCUAUGGACGAAGUUGAUAAGCAGACUGGAGGAAAGCUGAGAGGAUGUGUGAAACAUUUCCUUGACCUUGGGUCUGCUCCCGGUGGAUUCUCGCGCUGGAUCCUAGAAAAUAAUGACGACGCUGUUGGGAUGGGCGUGACUUUACCGCUUGAAAUGGGAGGAUUGCCAAUGGUUAUGGAAGGUGUGCUGGGGGAAAUGGACCGGUACACCUCACUAUAUAGAGACGUAACGGAGAAGCCUGAAUCCAUCCGUUUUGUCUCGCCUUGUCAUACCGAUCCACCGGAUGUGGGAUGUGACCUAGUCAUUGCAGGCUCAAUCUACAGGGAUCACUCCACAGCCGACCCAUCACGAUUAGGACCACCCCCACUACAAGUUCGUUCGAGGCAACUCCUUUCAUUCUCCCAACUACUAGCUGCUCUCACAAAUCUUGGAGAAAAUGGUACUUUGAUCAUUGUCUCAAACAUGAAGCCCCAGCUGCAAAACCUUGAGAUCCUAUGCUUCCUCAAUGACUUUUUCACGGAGCUCGUGCCAGUGAAACCCAAAGGUGUACAUACUAUUCGAAGCUCAUAUUACCUUGUCGCGCUAGGCUACAACCGGGAAAAAUCUCUUCGAAUGAAUGUUCUUGGACGGUUAUCCAGAGCGUUGGAGCGGAUCCAGGCAGCAGAUGAAGAAAAAGGUGUACAGGGUCUACUAGUGUUGGAAGGAACAGAAGCAAGCAUUGUAGAGAAAUGGGGUGACUAUGCGCUCAAAUUCUACCAACCGCUCUGGGAAAGUCAGUUGCAUGCGCUGGAACGCAAGUUGGCACGACUAAGAUCAGAACGAAAUGGCGCUGGACGCUGGAAGAAUGCACGAGGGUCAGGGUCUGGUGAGGGCGACAAUGCUUGGCGCUUUUCUCGUGAAAGACCAAAACAGCAAUGGGGGUGAUGUAACAGCCAGCAAUAAUUUGUACAUUUUGGAUUAUACAUGUAUUUUGGAGUUUGGGACAUAUGAAUGGAUUAAUUGAGCCCAGAC